UAAAAUUGAGAGUUGUUAUUAUUAAAGUAACAAUUUAUAGAAAGUUACUAGUUGUUUGUUGAUUUACUGCAUGUGGUAUCAACGGUUCCGUUCGUCGCUGUCCGUCGUGAUUCGGGAACGUCAGUGAACGAACAGCACAGUUCUAUUAGCAUAAUUGGCCCCCGAAACAAGUGCACACCGAACCCGAGCAAGCGACGUUUGUAGGAGGUAGGGCGCAGUGUAUCUACACCCCUGUUGCAGAAUUUUGCGCUACAAUUUGCACACGGGCCCCAGCCCAACUGGGUGCAACGGACGGACGCAACCCAGUCUAACGCCCAUAUCGGUGCGGUGUAAAAUAUUCGCUUUGAUUUGCGGUACAGUACGCGGGGGAACGAGACAACACACGGCAGUAUAGAGGAGGGACAGAACGCUCGGAUCGGAAGCUGCUGCCAUCCACCAUGGCAUCGUUCGACGUGUACGAUCGUUCGAGUUGGUACUUUGGGCCGAUGUCACGCCAGGACGCGACCGAUUUGCUGCUGAACGAACGUGAAAGUGGAGUGUUUCUGGUGCGCGACAGUACGACCAUCGUGGGUGAUUUUGUGCUGUGCGUCCGGGAAGAUUCGAAAGUGAGUCACUACAUUAUAAACAAAAUACCAUCGGGAGAAGAAUGCUUCGUGUACCGCAUCGGCGAUCAAACGUUCGCGGACUUGCCGGAUCUGUUGUCGUUUUACAAGCUGCACUAUCUUGACACGACACCGCUCCGGCGGCCAAUGAUACGCCGACUGGAGAAGGUAAUAGGCAAGUUCGAUUUCGACGGAAGCGAUCCGGAUGACUUGCCGUUCAAAAAGGGUGAAAUAUUGCACAUCAUCAGCAAGGACGAAGAACAGUGGUGGACGGCACGCAAUGGACAGGGCCAAACGGGCCAGAUACCGGUACCGUACGUGACACGAUACGAGGAAAACAUAAUCGAGCGGCCAAAUUCGGGUGGCGGUGGUGGUGGUGGUGCCGGUCCGGGUCACCACCAUCAUCAUCCGGCCGGUGGGCUACAUCAUUCGGAAAAUUCGAACAUUUUCAAAUCGAACCUUAACCGACAGCUGCCUGCACUGGCACGUGUCAAACAGGAACGUGUUCCAAAUGCGUACGACGAGACCGCGCUAAAGCUGAGCGUUGGCGACGUCAUUAAGGUGCUGAAAACGAACAUUAAUGGCCAGUGGGAGGGUGAGCUGAAGGGCAAAAUUGGACACUUUCCCUUCACCCAUGUGGAGUUUAUCGAUGAGUGAAUCGAUGGCCUGGUGAACGAUGGUGAUGAACACACCGUAUGGCAGAAAGGUUCCAUCCCUACCCGGCGAUGGUGAAUCAAUCGAGUUCACACAAGCUGCACACCGAAUGUGCUCUGUUUCGUUAACCGAUGGCGGGUAAUUUGCUAUUACUUUUAAUUCGGUUCUUGUUCUUUUUGGUAGCCCAAAACAACCGGUGCCCAGUUUGUGUUUUUGCGGAAUCGCAACGGAAUGAAAUUGUUCCGUAACUAUUCUGUGUUUUAUUCUGUGUAUGUGCGUGUACUGGUAGUAGAUUAUAUUUAACUGUACAGCCUAUAUUUAGUGCGUUCCGUUGUAAGCAAAAGUGUGUAGUAGAUGAUGUAGACGUGUACGUUCCGAGUCAUUCAGUUUAAGUGAUUUUAAAUACGAUUAGGCUUAUUAGGUUCGAUUUGCGUAGUGGCAAACAAUAAUUCCAGAUCAUUGGAGGAUCAUCAACAGAAAUCCCUCCGGGGUUCGAACGAGGUUUAGGAAGAGUAGUGUUAAGCAGAAUAGAAACGCGAAAUGGAGCACAUACAGGCACAUAAGGCACACUAAAAAAAAAAUGUUUAGCAACCCGCACGGCUACAAGAUGCAGCAUUAGGGACAGAAUCAGUUUUAUUUACUAGCUAUUACCAUAACGCAAGUGCCGCUUGUUGUGCUUAUUCCGUUAAGUAUCACUCGUAUCCGGUUAUUGGAGUGCUGUGUGUCGGGGUUUCGUGGGUAUGUAAACCACACGCCCCCUUGAAUGAGAAACAGUCAACAGGUUAAACAAGAAUGAAACUCUCUAGUAUGUAAGUGAUGAUUAGCGUACGUUUGUAGGUGCAUGGUAGGAAAGUUGAAGUAAAGUCAACCCACACGGAGAGUGAGUAUCCCCGGGUUGGCGAGCCUCUUUCAGGCUCUCACACACUGCUAGCGAUGAUCAUGACGAGACGAUGGCGAAAGAGCAUUAACAGGGAAGCAACCGUUCAAGCGGAAGAUCUCCAUAUGGGUCCAUCGAACGACCGCGCGUGUUUACCAAUCCAGUGUGGCUUCCAGAGGUAGCGUUACAUGGCAGGGAAGGUGUGGUCCACGCGCACGCGGACUAUUAAGGUUAGUUUACGUUUCAUAGCUUUUUUAUACCGACCAAGAAGUAGCGCGUAACGAGGAGUGACGAUUUCAGUAGGCAAACGGGCAAACCCAACCAAUACCAAUAGUAGAUAGGAGAUAGGAGCAAUGUUCUUCUUUCCUAGUGUGGUAAACGAUCCCACCCUUGCCUGGUACAAUCGUGUUGGUAUAUGUUUGGGGCUAACGAAUGGCAGGUAUCUGUUUGGUCUUUUAUGCUGAUAAAAUGGUACAGAAGGGUAAAUUAAGUAACAUUUUUUUCAUUUAUUUUACCCCUCUGUGCAUGAUCUCUAUGCUUUCAAGCGCACACAAAAAACCCACAAAUCGGUUCCGAUCGGAGAUGAUCUAGAAUUUUAUCAUUUCCCGAUUAGCUUGUGCGUGACGAUAUGUUUGUUUUGUUAAAUCUCUAAUCGCCCAGUCAACGAAGUUUCCGUAGAUUAGCAACGAUCGAAAGUAACCAAAAAACAGAAAAGAAAUCGAAAGCGGUGUUUGGAACGAACGCACAACACACUAGUGAGUCGUGAGUGAGAGAAACAAACCACCAAAAUCCCAACCCUAACACCCCCCCGAAGUAGUAGUGGUGGGCAACGGAGCCCCUAACCCGUGUGGUGGCUGUAACAAGAUGUAACACAAUUCUAAGGGAAUCACGAAACCGAAGCAAUUUAUUUUUAUAAUUAGAAAGCGUUAGUGAGUGAGUGAUGACAUUGGGAAGAAAGUGUAGAGACUUCUAUGCUAGGAUAUGAUGUAAAACGAACUGAAUGAACAGCAGGGUAGGAAAUGGGGGCACAGUGACCAGGGGAGGAGGGAAUAGUGUUUCGUGUUUCUUGUUUCGAGAAUGGAAGAACAGAAUACACCGCCUAAAUCGAGGAUUCGCACACUUCUCCCGGAAAGCCAAAUAUGAUACAGACUAUAAGACACCAAUAUAUACCAUGAAUGUGUCAAAAUGUGCAAUAAUAUAACCGGCAACUCGAAAAUCGAACCCCACAUCUCAUCCGCAACGAUGGAGAGAAUUGCGGAAUAAUGGAACGAUCGCGAAUCGAAGCAGGGCGAUCGAAUUGUUCUCGAGCCUGGAUUAAAAGGAAGCGCGCGUAGAUAGUAUACACCAAAAUAACAGUAAUGAUGAAACAUAUACACGAACCCCGGGUGGAAAUAGAAGAGGAAACAAUUAAAUCGAACACAAAAAAAAACUUUAUUUCGCUCCGUAAUAAAAAGGAUGAAAUGAGAGUUGAGGUUGAAGAUGAGAACAUGACUUAACCUAACCGGACCGCGAGAGAAACAAUCGCAAUAGAACAGAACGAACGUAUAUAUUUACUCCAAGCCAAGCCUCCCAGUUAUUUUGUUCUUCUUCUUCUCCUCUUCACCAGAGUAGUAGAUAUGGCAACAGAUAAACACAACACUCACACGCAAAAAAUGGCAAAAUAGACACAGGCAUAGCGCCACCCAAAAUCAAUAACAAGUAUCUGCAUCAACCAGAAGUGUAUCAAUAAGAAAAUUAAAGAGCGAAAAAGUCGUAAAAAAACACAUAAAUAAUCAAACAUAUUGUGAAACAAGCUAGCUUCAAACAAUAACAUAAAAUGGAACACAAAAAAGAUGAAAAAACCCCAAAAAAGAGACACAAUCUUCAAACGCAGUCAAGCGACGCUGCAAAUUUUGCAAACAAAAAAUACACAAAGCUACACACACAUACACACAAAUAUAUAUCUUACUGAUCAGUUUUGGGUUGUGUUUGCGAUAUGUAUAUGAAAUUAUAUAUUUAGCAUAUAAGCAAAGACGAGAAAGUCUCUCCUGUGAGUUAUGCUUAGCUGGUUGUAGAAGAAAAGAGGAAUGUUUAGAGGGCGCUUAGAGAAGUGAAAGUGAAAAUAAAAACGUCGAAGGCGGCAUAAGUAAUACCAGAACCAGGGAAAAACCUCGACAUUCUCGAACCCAGCAUGUAAUUUGUAUAAAAGAGGAACAAACAAAGCAAAAACGAGGAAAAAAACAGAAAAGCGAAAACAAAAAUAUAAAGUUCUGUAUUGUAUCUUUGCAAGUUGAAAUUGGUUUUUCUUUCACAUCCCCAACGGGACGUUUCGUAAUGGAGAACGGCUUGGCCAGUCACGUUUUUACAAUUUUACUUUUAUUAUGGGAGUUGUUUUUAUUUUUCACUUCACGUCUUUUCUAAUGGGUAGUUUUUGUGUGUGUUUCUCUUUUCUUUAUUUCUGUUUUCUAUGUCUUUCUUUCUUUCUUUCUUAUCUAGUUUUUUCCCUUCUUUGCUUUACAUCACGCUUU